AUGAAGCUUCUACUCUCUGUCGUCCUACUCCUGCCCACGCCCAUAUUUGCUGCCGUGGGCGGUAGAUGCUCCGGAGAAUGGAACACGGAUCGCUGUAUCUGUUUGGACCACAACGUAUGCACCAACACUUAUCAUGGAUGGGCAUAUCAAGGAAAUCCAGAGACAAAGAACUGGGCAUGUCCUUUUGAUGGAAAUAACGUCUGGGGUUGUGAAAUUUCGCCGUGCCCCGGUAAGGGAAGGAAUGCGGUUUGCAAAUGGAAGAACGAGUGCAUAGGAACCGUACUCCCAGACCCGGUCUGCCCCGGCGGUGGUGACUUUGUUUGCUGUCAAAAUCCUUGA